AUGUGCAAGGUGCUGUGGGAGCUCCAACAAGAGAGUAGUGUUCUGCCUGGGAUGGAGCAAGCCUGGCUUGAGGCUGCCCAGGCCUUCAUCCAAGAGACCCUGUGUCCAUCUGGCGAGGAGUCUGAUGUGCAUUUGACUCAGUGCGUAAUUGAUUGUGUGAAGACUACCUGGUUGUCCCAGGGAAGGAACCUGGGUUUUACACUGCCCCUCAGCUACAGCUUUGUCUCAGUACAGAACCUCAGAACCCACCAGCGCCUCUCAUGCUGCAGCCACCUGUCCUGGAGCAGCAUGGCAUACCAGGCUUGGGCCCAAGAGGCUGGACUAAGUGGGACCCUACCCCGGGAGCGGCUAUUACUUUUAGGGACACUAACAGACCUAUCAGGGGACUUGGAACAAGAGUACAGGGAUGGAAGUCUCUCUGUGAGAGAUAACACUGGUAUCCUGGACUGUGAGCUCAUAGAUCUGGACCUUUCUUGGUUGGGCCAUCUCUUCCUAUUCCCCAGUUGGAGUUACCUCUCUCCUGCCAAGUGGAACUCCUCAGGGCAAGGGCACUUGGAGCUCUGGAGUGCCCCUGUGCCAGUGUUUCCCUUGACCAUCAGUGCUGGCCCCCUCCCCACUAUCCCUGUUCUCUACCCAGAAGCUGCGUCCUGCCUACUCAGGCAAAGGAAGCUCAGAGUUGUGAAGCCAAACCUGGCUGGGAAGCUGGUUCGAUUGAGUGCUCUGGUGAAAAGUCAAAAGAAAGCUUAUUUUGUCCUGUCUCUUGGUGAAUUAUCCCCAGCUGACAGCCAAACCAGCAGCUAUGUGUCCAUCAUCGUGCAGGUCCCUGCCCAACUGGUGUGGCACCGAGCCCUUCGGCCUGGUAGAGCCUAUGUGCUGACAGAGCUGCGAGUAUCCAAGAUCCAAGGUCACCGUUACCAUGUUUGGAGGACCAGUCCCUCCUCUCAUCUGUUGCCGCUGAAACCAGAAUGUGUACGAGAGCUAGAACUGGAGCUGGAUGGACCCCUCUUGGAGGCUGACCCCAGGCCCAGCAACUCCCAAGAGAGGGAAGAGCAAGAAGGUCUUGUCCAGAACUCCAUACUCUUAUCAUAUACAGGAACGGUCACAGGCGUUCUGAAUCAGCCUGCUGGACUCUAUGAGCUGGAUGGGCAGCUGGGGCUCUGCCUUGCUUACCGGGAAUUCCAUGGCCUCAGGCGGGUAGUGCGACCAGGAGUCUGUCUGGAGAUCCAGGAUGUUCACCUCCUCCAGUCGGUGGGUGGGUGGGCCCGAAGGCCAGUGCUAGCCCCUUGUCUCCGUGGUGCCAUUUUGCUUCGGAGCUUUUCUCCCCGGAAGCCCGAGACUCAGUCUUCCUCCCAAGCCCAGUCUUCCCUGUAUGAGCACCUGGUAUGGGAACGCCAAUUAGGACUUCCCCUCUACCUGUGGGCUACCAAGGCCCUGGAGGAGCUGGCCAGCAAGCUCUGUCCUCAUGUGCUGAGACACCACCAGUUGCUGCAGCACUCCUCUCCUGGGCACCCCAGCCUGGGACUACAAGUCCUGGCUCCUAUCCUGGAUGUCCUAGCUCCACCCUGCAUCCCCAGUCGGAAUGUACACAAGGAGAUCCUCGAAAAGCCGCAUCUCUGUCCACUCCAGAAGUACACUCGGCUGCAGACUCCCUGUUCCUUCCCCACUCUGGCCACUCUGAAAGAGGAAGGGCGGAGCAGGGCCUGGGACUCCUUUGACUCUAAGACCCUUCUGCCCCUCGCAGAGGCUUCUCACCUGACCAGUUACCAACUCAAUCAGCGUCUGACCUGGUCCUGGCUCUGUCUGCUGCCCUCCACUUUCCAUCCAGCCCAGGUUUUGCUUGGGAUUCUGGUGGCUUCAUCUCGUACAGGUUGUCUGCAACUUCGGGACAAAAGUGAUUCCCUCCCCUGCCUCCUCAUGAACAAGCACUCGGAGCCCCUCACUGACUCCCGGCUCAUAGGUUGCUUGGUACGGGCAGAGAGGUUUCAGUUGGUCAUAGAGAGGAAUAUCAGAAGCAACUUUCCUUCCUGGAAGGAGCUGAGCAUGACAGGCUUCAUCCAGAAGAAGCAGGCCAGAGUCUAUGUCCAGUUGUUUCUGGCCGAUGCCCUGAUCCUGCCUGUGCCCAGACCGUCCCUUCACUCAGCCACCUCAACACCUCGGCAGACGGAGCCCACCCUCUCUGAGGGUCCCCACAUAGGACAGAGCCGGCUGUUCUUGCUGUCCCACAAGGAGGCACUGAUGAAGAGGAACUUGUGUGUCCCUCCAGGAGCCAGUCCACAGGGUCCCAAGCCCACUCUCAGUUUCCACGUAUCAGGAACCUGGCUUGGGAACACCCAGAGGAAGGAGGGAACUGGAUGGAGCGCACCCGAGUUCAAGAGAGAUGAGCACAAGGAUCACAAGGUUCUCCUCAUCUUUCUUGGCUCCUCAGUCCGCUGGUUCGAGUUCUUGCACCCCGGGCACGUGUACCGACUUGUGGCUCCAGGCCCUCCUACACCAAUGUUAUUUGAGGAGGAUGGUUCAUCCUGCGUGUCGCAGCAUCCUCUGGAGUUGGCUGGCUGUACAUCCUGCCUCACUGUCCAGGAUGAGUGGACCCUGGAACUUGAGAGCUCCCAGGACAUCCCAGAUGUGCUGGGUAUCAGCAAGGCACUGCCUGAAUCCUCGCUAACCGACCUGCUCAGUAGCAACUUCACCGAUUCCUUGGUGUCUUUCUCAGCUGAGAUUCUGUCACGGACACUGUGUGAGCCAUUUGCGGCCCUUAUCUGGACAAAACCUGGAAGCAUUGGGGCCAGGAGAAGGUGUGUGAAGCUAACCGUAGCUCUGGAGACUGCUGACUGUGAAUUCCCCCCUCACUUGGACAUAUAUAUUGAAGGCCCACACUUGCCUCCGCCUCUAGGACUCCUUCCAGGAGCCCGAGUCUACUUUAACCAGCUGGAGAAAAGAGUUUCCAGAUCCCACAAUGUUUACUGUUGUUUCCGGUCAUCUACUUAUGUGCAUGUCCUGAGUUUUCCCCCAGAGACCACAAUCAGGGCUCCCCUGCCCCACAUCUACCUGGCUAGACUGCUACAAGGUGGCCAGGCCCCGUUCCGGGCCACUGCGUCUUGCCAUAUUGUUUCCGUCUUCAGUCUUCAGCUCCUCUGGGUGUGUGCUCACUGUACCAGCCUCUGCCCCCAGGGAAGGUGUACUCUUCAGGGCUCCACUUGCCCCACUCAAACAUCUGUAAGCCAGGCCAACAUCAGGUUCCUGGUAGAGGAUGGGACUGCUGAAGCUUUGGUGACCUGUAGGAAUCAUCAUGUGCCAGCAGCACUAGGCCUGUGUCCUAGUGAGUGGACCUCCCUCCUAGAGUUUGUCAGAGGGCCAGGUAAAGUGGCCUUGCAAUUUACAGGGUCUGGAGCUCAACCUGAGUCCUCAGCCAAGACUGAUGAGCCCUUGACCCGCUUCCUCCGGACACUUUGUACCAGCCUCUCUGUGCUCCGCCCUAUUGUGCUUUCUUUUGAGCUUGAGAAGAAACCCUCCAAGAUCAUCCCUUUAGAACCUCCUCGGCUAAAGCAAUUCCAAUGUGGGGAGCUCCCUCUCCUGACUCACGUGAAUUCCAGGAUCCAACUGUCAUGCCUCUCUAUCCAGGAGCCUGAGCACACCAGCUCUCUGGGGGCAUUUACUUCCUCCUGCUAACCUGAACUGCAACAAUGGCCUGAAA